AUGCUGAGACUUACUCGGAUAUCUCCCAUUCUGUUUCGACGUGUAUUCUCUAGUGGUACAUCUAGAUUAUGCGCUGCAGAUGCCGUUCAGGUAGAAGACGACACAUUGAAGCACAUCCUUGGUACUCAGCUAUCCGACAUCAAGGCUGCAGGCACCUUCAAGCAAGAAUUUGAAAUUACCACGCCACAGGGACCUUCCAUCAGUGUGGAUGGCAUCGAAGGAGUGGUUGUAAAUUUCUGCUCCAACAAUUAUCUGGGGCUCUCCAAUCAUCCAAGGCUCAUUGAUGCCGCUCAUAAAGCCUUGGACAGCCAUGGUUUUGGCCUCUCUUCCGUUCGCUUCAUCUGUGGCACACAGGAUCUGCACAAGCAGCUUGAGCGGAAGAUCAGUGAUUUUCAUGGGACAGCAGACACGAUCCUGUAUCCUUCCUGCUUUGAUGCCAACGCCGGCUUGUUUGAGAGCAUUCUGACUGCUGAAGAUGCAGUCUUGAGCGACAAGCUGAACCAUGCGUCGAUCAUCGAUGGCAUAAGGCUGUGCAAAGCGCGCAGAUACAGAUAUGAGCAUUUGGACAUGGAGGACUUGGAAGGGAAGCUAACGGAAGCCAGCGAUGCGCGCAUGCGCCUCAUCGCCACGGAUGGGGUGUUCUCUAUGGAUGGCCACAUUGCGCCGCUGGCAGAAAUCUGUGCGCUGGCGAAGAAACACGACGCUCUGGUGUUUGUGGAUGACUGCCACGCGACUGGGUUUCUGGGGCGCACGGGACGCGGCACAGAUGAGCACUGCGGCGUGGUCGGCCAAGUGGACAUCAUCAACUCCACCCUCGGCAAGGCCAUGGGAGGUGCCACAGGUGGUUACACGACAGGCCGCAAGGAAGUUGUGGACAUUCUGAGGCAGCGUGCGCGCCCCUACCUGUUCAGCAACACACUGGCGCCCCCUGUUGCAGCCGCGUCCAUCACAGCAUUUGACAUGGUGCAGGAGUCCACUGGGCUGCGAGAUCAGCUCAUGGAGAACACAGACUACUUCCGCACCGCCAUGACUCAGGCUGGCUUCGACAUCAAGGAGGGGACACACCCGAUCGUGCCCAUCAUGCUGUUUGACGCGGCGCUCGCUGGAGAGAUGGCACAGAAGCUUCUGCAGCGGGGCGUGUACCUGACAGCUUUCAGCUACCCUGUUGUGCCCAAGGGCCAAGCCAGAAUCAGGGUGCAGCUGUCAGCUGCGCACACCAAAGAGCAUCUGGAAAAGGCAAUAUCGAGCUUCAAGGAAGUUGGAAAGGAGCUUGGUGUAAUUGUUUAG